UAUUAGCAGUCUCCUCCUCCAACGCCACCGGUGCGUCGACAGGAGGCGAUCCGAAGCGGCGGACAUCAAGGAACGAGGUCUGCUCCUCGCGAUCGGGUCCGAGAAAAGGUUUCCUGGGAAGAGAUCUGCGCCUGGAUGGGCGACAUUUCUUCGAAUCGGCCGAGCACGGCUGAGAUUUCGGCGAUCGAGGGCCCGAGCAAGGAUCCUCAGGUAGCAGAUUCUGUAUCGAAGGGAUGGACAGAUGAGAAACAUACUUUGUUUCUUAACUCCAUUGAAGCAUCAUUUGUCAAUGAGUUAUACAACGAGCAUUAUCAUUCAAAGGCUUUUCAAGGUUGGUUAUCAAGGACAAAAGAACAUAAAGGAUCAACCGGACCAUCUGAAAAUGAUAUGAAAUAUGGCCAGUUUAAGGUUUUGCGUAAGGGAUGUUGGAAGAAUCUCAGAUUUGAAAUGGAUAAUAAUCAUGCAGCAAUCGAGAAUGGUUCUUUCCCUUUACAUACAAACCCAUGGGUUCAACAUUUUCGAUCACCUUACAAUAUGAAGGAAAAGCAUCUUAAGUCAUCUGACAGAGAUGAUGAUACUGAGUUCAAUAGAAUCUGUCAUCAAGAUUCUAUUGACAGCAGUACAGAAGUGUCGGAUCAGAACUUUAUUGCUGAUGAACUUAUAGUUGGGCAACAGUCGAGUAGAAUCUGCAGGAAAAGAAGACGGGGGACUGCACCGGUUGAUGAACCAAUCAAGGAUCAAGUAAUGGGUUGUUCCAUCCAGAAAAGCACUUGUUACCACAAUCUCUGAUGUGAACCAUGCUUGUCCACAUCCAGCAAAUUUCAGAUCUGAUGCCACAACGUGUGAAGUGAUUGCAAGCAUUGUGCCCCCUGAAACUGCGCUUCAUUGUGUAAAGAUCAGGAGGUCAACAGUUGAACUUGAAGGAUGCCAACCGAAGCUCAUGGCACAGAGUAGUGGACACAAGAUUUAAGGCUCGAUCUUAAGCUUUUGCUUGUGAUGCAAGUCAGAUGCAUCCUUCAAGGGCCAACAUAAUUUAUUUGUUGUUUUAAUAUUUGUUUGUUUGGUAUCUGCAAUAUGAGUGAAUAAUUUGUCCAA